AUCGUGGUUGGCGAAUGCUUCCGGAUCCACCAGCUGCGUGAGGGGACCACGUCCUUCGUGGGGAAUCCCUACGUGGCGGCUCUCUACAAGCAGAUGGGCGUGUUCCUCUUCGGGUGUGCCGUCAGCCAGUCGUUCACCGACAUCGCCAAGGUGUCGGUGGGCCGCAUGAGGCCUCACUUCAUGGACGUGUGCCGGCCGGACUUCUCCGCCAUCAACUGUUCGCUGGGUUACGUCACCAACUACACCUGCAGCGGCGAGGACGGCGACGUGCAGGAGGCCAGGAAAUCCUUCUUCUCGGGACACGCCUCCUUUUCGAUGUACACCAUGCUCUACCUGGCUUUCUACCUCCAGUCCCGGUUUUCAUGGCGUGGUGCUCGUCUCCUCCGCCCGCUGCUCCAGUUCACCCUGUUGAUGAUGGCGUUCUACACCGGCCUGUCACGCGUCUCCGACCACAAACACCACCCGACGGACGUGCUGGCGGGCUUUGUGCAGGGCGCCAUGGUGGCCUGCUGCAUAGUGUUCUACGUUUCGGACCUGUUCGCGCCCCGGGUGACGCCGGCCACGCCUCCGCCCUCCCCCAUCAAGAAGGAGCUGCUCCCCUCGGCCGACAUCAUCGAGAGGAACAACCACCACAACAUGGUGUGAGCGGGCGAGGCCGCUUCCUCCUGUGACCGCGGAGCCGCUCGCAGCUCCGCUCGCCUCUCAUUGGACAGUAGAAUGUAGCGGCGACAGGCUCCUCCCUUGUUUUUAUAUAUUUUUUAUUUCAUCCUCGUGGCGGAGUCGCUAUUCAGACGUAUUAUUCAUUAUCAUCUACGCUAACUACUAAUCAACAUUUGAGCCAAUUGUUUACGAGCACAAACGGAGAAAUAGAUUUUUUAAAGCAAACCGACGAGGAGGUUCGAUGGAGGCGGCGCCACAUCAACGGAGAAGAAGAAGAGGACAAAGCGCUUCGUCUGCGACUGGAACGCUGUGGGACGACGUCCUCGGAACAAAUAUUACCACUGUACACAAAGUGUAACUUCUAGCACUGUUUUGUUCGUUGUCCAUUAUCACCACUCGCUGCCUGAGACGUCUCACGGGAAGAAAACGUCACGCCGUUAGCGUAGCCAUAGCAACGGGCUACAUGCUAGCUGCUACUGGUGAUGUCACACUUUUUCUCCUCAAGUCGCCGCACCGGCCGGCCAAUCAGAACAAAGCACGGUUUUCUUUCUGUAGUUGACUCUUAGAGCGGCACAAACCCGGGAGGGGGGUCAGGUCACCUAGGGGGUCACCCUAACAGAUGUAUUAAUGGGGGGUCAUGGGGGGUCAGAUGUAUUAA